CUCACCCAAAACACAAACACACUCACCCGGGUUGGCGAAGGUGGUUGGAAGGAAUCAAGGCUCCCGGUUGCACGUGGAUCAGAGGGCAAGUCCAGAGGGACUAAAACUUAGGGAGGUUGAAGACCAGAAUAGCUUCUACAUCACCAAAUGCUUCCUUCAUAUCAGUGAACCUUCAUCAGUGCUACCAUAACUACCAUUGCUGAUGGUACUCUGCAUAUAGACUACCAUAACUACCACUGCUGAUGCUACUCAGCAUAAUGCAAUCAUAACUACCACUGCUGAUGCUACUCAGCAUAUGGGCAAUCAUAUCUACCACUGCUGGUGCUACUCAGCAUAAAGGCUGCCAUAACUACUAUUGCUGAUGUUACUCAGCAUAAAGACUACCAUAACUACCAUUGUUAAUAGUGCUCAGCAUGUGUGGCAUCUGCUUCAUGUGUGGCUGGUCCAUCUCAGCACAAAUGUUGCAGGAACAGGUGUUGAGUUGCUGCUCCUCACUUAGUAACCGAGGUCCAGAUGCUUGUGCCAUGACUCUCGUUCCCAUCACUGCUGAGGUGGUUGGGUUGUUUGAGGGUUGUUUGUUGUGGUUGCAGGGUGACCAGCCCACCACACAACCACUGCUGGAUCACCGUGGUAACCUUCUCUUGUGGAAUGGUGAUAUUUUAGCUGGACUGCAGAUUACGAAAGGUAUGAGUGACACACAAUAUAUAUCAGAAUCUUUAUCAACUAAGGAAGAAGCUGAUAUUACAUCCUUCCUGGGCAAUAUAAAGGGACCGUGGGCACUGAUUUACUACCAGAAACAUACCCAGAGAUUAUAUUUUGGCAGAGAUGUCUUGGGCAGACACAGUUUGCUCUGGAGACUGCCAUCUGACACCUCGCGUGUCUUUUUGAUAGCAUCUGUCUGCCGGCAAGACGAUCGUGUGAAAGAAAUUCCAGCUCUUGGCCUUUAUUAUGUGGAUUUUUCUGUUGUUAAUUUAGCAGAAGAAUUCACAGUUAAUUUAAUUCCUUGGACUCAUGUUGCUGAAGAAACGCUUUUGUCUAUGGAUUCUGUAAUUAACAUUAAGAAACACAAGAUAAGUUCGUGUAUACAAACUAGGUUAAAUAUGUGUGUUCCUUCCAUUGCCAUUAUAGAAAAUAUUAAGGCUCUACCCUGCUCAUUAGAUGAGGAAAAUGUAAAGGUACUCUAUUUAGCUUUGGAAGAUGAUGUGGCAAACUUAUUAAAAAUAUUAACAAACUCUAUUCGCAGAAGAGUCGAGAAAUGCCCACCAAAGUGUCGCGAUUGUACGAACUCAACCACAAAAUGUGUUCACACUAAAGUCGCGGUACUCUUCUCAGGAGGUUUGGACUCAGCGAUGAUAGCUCUGCUCUUGGACUCUUGUUUGCCAGAAUCAGAAAGUGUUGAUUUACUUAAUGUGGCAUUUCCACAGAAAAUUCCUCAAAAUAAUCGAGCCAAGAAGCUAAAUACAAAGAAAAUGUCAUCCAGUGACGGCGAUUCACCGAGAAAUUACGAGGUGCCAGACAGAAUUUCGGGCAGGCAGUGCUGGCACCAGUUGCAAGAGUUAAGACCACUGAGAAGGUGGAACUUCGUCGAG